UAUCUGGGCCAACUGUAGGGUCUUAAACACCCAAAAGGAAAGUAUAACGAAAGAUUAAUGAGGUCAACACAAUUUUUUAAGACUCCAUACAUAUAGCUAAAGGCUACGUAACAAGAAACCUCAGUGUUCUUUCACCAGAGCAGCUGAAACACUAUUGCACUUGUCUCCAUGCGUUUCACUGGGUUGAAUGUCUUCAUAGGGAUAUACAUUUGUUCAAUUAGAUUUUAAUCCUAGCUACAAAGCCAUUUCCUCCUAUUCCUCCUAUUUUUCCCUCUUGACAUUUACAUAUGUGAAUUAUCCUUUUGAAUGUGUAAAGUGAAGUUCCCUGGGAAAGCUACACCUUUGUUGAGGACUCUGCAAGUUGAUUUCAAGUUCUGCGACCGUUUAGAGUUGGAAAGCUGCAGAUCAAAAGCCAAAAUUAUCUUGGCCUAUCUUUAAUCCUCUUAAUAUCCACUUAUCACCCACCUCUCAUCUGAUCUAACAUUCUAUCAACUACCAGGUAAAACCUUUGGAAUCUAUUAACUUAGUUGAUUAUUAGCUUACCAACUCAAAAGCCAAGAAGGCCAUCACACAGCAUUUGGAAUGCAGCAGAGAUUUCCCUACCUUGCUUAUAGCUUGUGUACUGUGAUGACCCCACUAAUGGAUUUAGAAGAUGCAUUGAUUUAUGGCUGUCUUUUGUUCUGUAGUAAUAUAAAUUCAUAUAACUGCUUCCAUUAUGGUCACUAGGGCAACUUGAGUCCUUGGUCCCCCAAGCUGUGGUCACGCAUGUUUACCUCAGAAGAAACGCUCUCUUACCCCUUUGGAAUGAGAGCUGAGUUUUGCAAUGACCAUUGUAAAAACACUGUUCACCACGGGUUCAUGAGAAAGGUUAAAAGGAAAGGAAGUAAUAUAAGUGUUGGUGAAGUACAUGGAUAACAGGAACGUGCUUAGAGGCUGGAGAAAUCGGUAUAGUCACUUUGGAAAGCGGUUGGCAGACCAUAAUAAACCAGUUCUCACAUAGCCUGACUCAGCAAUUCCACUCUUGGGUACACAAGUACAGGCAUCUGCUCACCAAAUGGCAUUUUUUCCACUAAAGUGGCACUAUUCAGUUGCUCCUAAUUAGAAAAUACACAAAUGCUUAUCAACAGUAGAACAGAUAAACUUAUCGGUAUGAUCACAUGAAGGCGAUGUUAAAGGCAGAGUCGGAUUUUUGAAAAAGUUGUUACUGUACGAGUAUUCUAUAAAGUAUAAAAAUAUGCAAAACUGUUGUUCUUUUAGGAAAUAGGAAAGGGAACAGGAAAGGACAUGAAAGGUGCUUCCUCUGGAUGCUGGUAAGGUUUUUUCCUGAGAUACUGAUACAGUUGUACUUUUUUCUGUAUGCAUAUUACACUUAAUACUUUCUUGUGAGAAAGGAUGCUGCAAUGUAGCCCAGGCUGGCCCCAAACAUGAGAUCCUCCUGCCUCCUCUUCCUCUUUCCAAAAGAAAAAUUGUUUUAAAAGCUGGAAAAUACUGAUUAUGUUUAAAGUUUUUAAAACCGUCCACAAUUCCAUUAUCCAGGCAACUGCUUAAAUUAAUACAUUGAAUUCCUUCCUGCCAGUUUCCUAGAGCCUGUGCACACUUGGUUCUUCUUUAGCCUUCUCCUUGAUUUUUAUCCAACCACAGAACUACUGGGUCAACAGCAUUUUUUAAGAACUGAGUUCGUUGUUUCCCCCCAGAAACGGUGCACCAAUUUACAGCCCCACUGGCACGGUGUGAGUGCGCGGUGUGGCCCAGUCCCCAGUAGUUUCUAGUGAUCGGUUUAAGACGGCGGGGCUUAAGGCACGGCUAAGGGAGCUGCCAUUUCAACACAGCUGCGCCUCGCUAGCUCCGGAAGCCUCCGGAAGCCGGGCCUACGCGCCAGGUUCCCAGCGUCUGGCGCAGCCCGGUAGCCGUGGGAACCGCGGCACAUCUCGGCGCCCGCUGAGCAGCGGAACCUGAGGGGCGACGGGAGGCCAGGCAUGGAGCUGCCAGACCCCGUUCGUCAGCGCCUGGGCAAUUUCAGCCGGACGGUGUUCCGCGACUCGACCCGCACCGGGCCGGAGUCCAGUGAGGCUGCGGAUAAUGAAAUGGUCUCCAGUUUGCCACUGCAGAUGUCACUUUAUUUUAACACUUACUUUUUCCCACUGUGGUGGGUGAGCUGCAUCAUGAUGCUUCACAUGAAGUAUUCGGUCUUGCCUGAUUACUACAAAUUCAUUGUGAUCACUGUUAUCAUCCUAAUAACCUUGAUUGAAGCUAUCCGGUUGUACCUGGGCUACUUGGGUAACCUGCAGGAGAAGGUUCCUGAGCUGGCUGGCUUUUGGCUUUUGAGCCUUCUACUGCAGUUGCCUUUAAUUCUUUUCUUGCUCCUUAAUGAAGGCCUAACAAAUCUGCCCUUGGAGAAGGCAGUACACAUCAUCUUCACUGUCUUCCUUACUUUCCAAGUCAUUUCAGCAUUUCUAACUUUGAAGAAAAUGGUCAAUCAGUUGGCAGCUCAUUUCCACCUCCAAGACUUUGACCACCUGUCUGCAAAAGGAGAUGUGAGAAGGAUGAGGUCAUGUAUAGAAGAGCUUUGAUCCAGUACUGCUGAGUGGUAGUCUGAAAGAUGAUUCUAGAAGACCGAGAGAGCUUCAGAACAUCUGUGGUGGAGCAUGAGCAAAGGGGGGUUGUAUACUCUAGCUCUGAGCUUCCCCUGGAGGCAGUGAUGAGACCGCACAUGGGAUGUGAACGCAGUACAUCAAACCCAAAGUCUAGAUGUCCAGCUGAUGCAGAAUCUCUUGAUUUUGCUGCUGUAGGAUUUUCAGGUGUUUACAUGUCUGUCUAUUGCUGACUGUAGCCUACCAGCUUUUCUGUAAUGUUUCUAGUUAUAAUCUAGAACUAGAAAUCUGUAUAUUUCUUUUAACCUUGUCAGUUAUGGGCUGUGAUGUUUCUUGAAGCAUAUGGAAAUGCUUGCUAGUCAGUAUGCUUAUGCAUUAGACUAUAUUUAUAAACCAAGAGACCAAGUUUUCAUGUGUGCUAGUGCUAAAUUCUAAAUCUAGUCUCAGUUGUUACACGGAGAUGAAGGCAGGUGGAUUCUGGUAUUUAGGGAAUAUUUUUGUCAUAAAAUUGUAAUUUUCAUAAAACCAUGUUCAGUAUUUGUGGCGGUGGCGGUAUGCAAACUAUUUUUACCAUAAAUUAUAAACUAUUUGUGUUACAGUGUCAGCAACACAGUCUACUUGUCUUGUGCAAUUCUUCUGAGUUUCGAGUUUGUUUUAAUUAGGGCUAUAAAGGAAGCGAAGUAUGAGCACCCACUAUAAAGCAGGCACUGUAGGGGGCCCCAUUGAGUUCAUCUGUAAGGCUACUGUUCAAUAAAACACUGAUACAUGUACAUAGCCACUAAAUUCACAUGAAGCCUGACCCAUGUUACACACGGUGAGAGCUGUACUUAUGAUCCUAUUUGGAGCGUGUUCCCUUAUGGAAAAAAAGAAACCUGUUUAAGGAAAUUAAGAACAAAAUUUCUUGGGCUUAUCUAAACAUUAUUUUUAAGUGUUUAUUUCGAUUAUCCUGAGGGAUAGAAUAUUUAAUUUUCAGGCUUUCUUCUGUCCUAUAAGGAAAUACACCUUUAUAAGUAAUGUAUUUUACUGAGGGACUACUUACACUACAUUAGAAAUUGUCUCCAAUUCUUUUAUCGUAAUUCAUGCUUAUCUUAGAAUUUCCAUGGUUUGCCUUAUUAAUUCUUUUGCCUACUUUUAAAA